GUGAGACGACGGCCUGGGAGGUGGGGUCCUUCUCUGGGGCGGUCGCUUAGGUAGUGGCUGUGGGAAGCCGGGCUCCAGGCAUCAUGUACUACAAGUUUAGUGGGUUCACGCAGAAGUUGGCGGGAGCAUGGGCUUCGGACGCCUAUAGUCCGCAGGGAUUAAAGCCUGUGGCUUCCGCAGAAGCACCGCCUAUCAUAUUUGCCACACCAACUAAACUGACGUCUAAUUCCACUGUAUAUGAUUAUAAUGGGAAAAACAAAGUUCCAGAGCUACAGAAGAUUUUCCAGAAAUCUGAUGGUGUGCCCAUCCACUUGAAACGAGGCCUGCCUGACCAAAUGCUUUACCGGACCACCAUGGCACUGACUGUAGGAGGGACCAUCUACUGUCUGAUCGCACUCUACAUGGCUUCACAGCCCAGAAAUAAAUGAGCUAGGCUGCAGAGGACUGGUUUGCUUGUUGGCAUAGACCCUUUGGAUUUUUUAUUUUUCAUUGUUUCUUCUAUUAUUAUUAUUCUUAAAUUUGAUGACCUGCUUAAUGUUUUUGCAAGAAAGAUAGGAAGAUAAGAAGACAUUAUUUUCAUUUGUUUAUGAAAUGCAUAUGGCGUGUCAGAGCUCAUUGGACAGUUAGAACUAUUGUUUGAACAAAACAUGCUGUGCUCUGUUUGGGCUUCUGAUUUCCCUAGAGGUUCUAGAUGAAGGUUGCAUACAGGCUCAUUAAUGUCAGGCUGUGCCGAGGACCUUGGGGAUUUGGGGUUGUGUUUUUGAGCCUGGGGUGCAGAAGGCUUUCUGGAUUUGGAUGUGACUGGGGAGAAAAGACAGAAGCCAAGGCCAGAUGCAUGAAAUGAGGGUUCGAGUUAGUAGUCAGCUUGGGGAUUCUUCCAUCUUGCAGUUAAAUGUUAAUAGAAAUUAUUUUCAUCCUGCCUCUGUUCAAUAUCGGGCAGUUUGUUUCAAAGGGUUAUUUGCCUCAUUGCAGCUCUUUAGUGAGAUUUUCUGUGUACCUCAUGUGCAUUUAUUCCACCCUGGGAACAGAGAACACCUGUUUAGUGUUGCGCUCUAGACCGGUGUUUGUCGUGUUAAUGUAGCUGUGCCAUGAAUUCUCCUUUAUGUUUUAAAAAUGUUAUGGCUUUAAAUUAUGAUUUGUUUUGACUGUGGAAUAAAUACAUGAAUGAAAAGUU